UCAGGAAAGAAAAUGAACAGCAAUCCCAACCCACUUGUUUUGCUGUCAGUUGGACACAAAGCACAGGAAAGUAAGAUUCGGUACAAGACCAAUGAACCAGUAUGGGAGGAAAACUUUACUUUCUUUGUGCACAAUCCCAAAAGACAAGAUCUUGAAGUCGAGGUGAGGGAUGAACAGCACCAGUGUUCUUUGGGGAAUUUCAAGCUGCCUCUAAGCCAGUUGCUAGAGAGUGAGGAUCUAACUAUGCAUCAGCGGUUCCACCUGAGCAACUCCGGUCCAAACAGCACUAUAAACAUGAAGAUUGCACUCAGGGUCCUUUCACUUGAAAAGCAAGCAAGAUCUCCAGAUCAUCAACACUCAGCCCAAGUGAAAAGGCCAUCUCUUUCCAAAGAUGCAAGAAAAUCAUCCUUUAAGCCUCAGGUUCCUUUCUCACCAUCGCCUGAUUCAAACAAACCUGUUCCAGCUUCCCCAGUGACUGAUAGUGAUAAAAAGACUGACACAGCUGAAAAAAAUCAGCCUCCCAAUGCCAGCCCUCAGUGGACAACAGAUCUCAGCCGAAGUUCCUCCAGUCUUCAUGCCUCUAACUUCUCUUAUUCUCCCAGCCACCUCUCUGUCAAAGAACCCACUCCUAGCAUAGCUUCAGACAUCUCUCUGCCUAUUGCCACGCAGGAGCUACGGCAAAGACUACGGCAGCUUGAAAAUGGAACAACUCUGGGUCAGUCUCCCUUAGGACAAAUUCAGCUAACAAUUCGUCAUAGUUCACAAAGGAACAAACUGAUUGUGGUAGUGCAUUCCUGCAGAAACCUGAUAGCGUUUUCAGAAGAAGGAUCCGAUCCGUAUGUGCGAAUGUAUUUAUUGCCUGAUAAGAGGCGAUCAGGAAGAAGAAAAACACAUGUAUCAAAGAAGACCUUAAACCCAGUGUUUGAUCAAAUAUUUGAUUUCAGUGUUUCCUUGCCUGAAGUGCAGAGAAGAACGCUAGAUGUAGCCGUGAAGAACAGUGGUGGUUUCCUGUCCAAAGAUAAAGGGCUGCUUGGCAAAUUAUUAAUACCUCUGGCAUCUGAAGAACUUGCUAAAGGCUGGACCCAGUGGUAUGAUUUAACAGAAGAUGGUACAAGGCCACAUGGUGCAAGUUAGGCAUGUGGAUACUGGGUUUUCCCCAUGCAUAAUUUUGCCAACCUUUAUAUAUUUUUAAAGCGCUGUUCUCACAGAUGUACCAAUAUUAUUUUUAUAGCUUUACUGAUUUAGUUCUUAGACACAUCCCAAAUAAUUUUGUAACACUUGAUCAUUUUAUGUAGACAUAGCCUUCCUCAUUGUUAAACUUUGUAUUUUAAUUUGCUAAAUAAUAUUUUGUGUUACUGUAAUGUGCAAUAGUACAGUAAAGUAACCUUUUGUGUUUAAAUUGAUCUUUGAUGGCUGUACCUAUUAGCAAGUGAAAAGAUUAUGCUCUGUUGGUUUCCUGCCUUGUUUUGUAUCUCACCAAGGUAUACUGUACUAUGUAAAUAUAUACUAUUUUUAUAUAAUUCUUUCUUGCUGGUUUGAAUUCAGAGGAAAAUUAGAUAAAGGAUAUAGAUAUUUUCUUCUAAAUGCAUGUUAAUUUC